AUUGCAUUUUAACAUCAGUUGUUUUAUAUAAGAAACCACGAUGGACAACGCCGAGUUAUAUUCCAAAUAUCAUAGAAUACAAACUGAAGAAGCAACUUUUAUAUUAGAAAAUUUUAUAAAAUCAAUUAAAUGGAAAAGUGGUGACUCUAUAUUGGACGUAGGAACUGGUACGGGUGAAGUGACCAUGCGAGUGUUAGCUCCGCUACUUCCACACGACUUUGAAAAACUUGUUGGAUUGGAUAUUUCACCGGAGAUGAUAAAUCUGGCAAAGGAACAAAACAAAAAUCCGAAAAUAGAUUUUAUUGUAUGCGAUAUAGCAUUCGAAAAUAUUACGAACACGGUACAAGAAAAAUUUGAUCACAUAUUCUCGUUCUUCUGCUUGAACUGGGUUCAAAAUCAAAAACAAACUGUGAAGAAUAUGUACAAUCUGCUGAAGCCAGGUGGUGAUAUGCUACUGGAUAUAAUUACAAAAUCAACGAUUUUUGAUAUUUAUGAAUCGAUGGUAACCUACCCGAAAUGGAGCACAUAUUUGACGAACACUGAGGAAUAUAUAUCGCCAUAUAAUCAUUGCACUGAUCCCAAAGCUGUGAUUGAAAACAUGCUUUUAGAUGAAGGUUUCGAGGUGAAACAUUGUCAAGUACAGCAGAGAUUUAUGAUUUUCUCUGAUUUAUCAGAAAUAAAAUAUACAUUUCUUGCGAUAAAUCCAUUUGUUAAUAAAUUACCUUCAGAUCUACAAUCCACUUACGUCAAUGACUUUAUGAAAGAAGUGUACAAUUUUAACUAUUUCCAUCGGUUGGAAAGUGGUGAAAUAAUAUUAAAGAUACCUCAUACAAUAUGCACAGUUCUAGCUUCUAAACCGUAAUAUGUACAACAAAUUACGUUAACUUUUAAUAAUGUAUUAUUUUAUAAUGACAUUGAUGUUCGCAAUUAAAUCAUUUCUAUUUUACA